AUGCCAGGGACUCUCCUGCCCCCGAGAUCAAGCCGGCAGCACGCACAGAUGGAUCGAACAUCUGCGUCCCGGCCGGACUUUUACCUGAUUACCGACCAGGAUACGGUUUACGAACAAGACCUGCUCCGCGAUGCGGGUAGUGUCAAGCCAUGGCUCGCAUAUAUCGAAUUCAAACACCAACAUGGCACUCUCUAUGAGCAAGCUUUUACCAUGGAGCGUGCCUGCCGACAAUUACCGCGAUCCUACAAAUUGUGGAAGAUGUAUCUUGAGUUUCGAACGAAGCAUUUAAAGGGCCGAAAUCCCACCGUCUACCGGGCCGAAUUCCAGAAGGUUAAUGCUCUGUUCGAACGAGCAUUGAUUCUUCUGAAUAAAAUGCCUAGGGUUUGGGAGAUGUAUCUCUCAUUUCUUCAUCUACAGCCCUUGGUGACCCUCACCCGGCGAACAUUCGACCGGGCUUUGCGCGCACUCCCAGUGACCCAACAUAACCGGAUCUGGAGACUCUACAAGGGCUUUGCGCGGUCAGCAUCCGGACAAACGGCUGUGAAGAUUUGGGCUCGGUAUAUGCAGAUCCACCCUGAGAAUGCGGAAGAUUACAUCGAGCUCUUGAUUGAGAUGAAAGAAUAUACGGAGGCUGUCAAGGUGUUCCUGCAAAUCCUUGAUAACCCACGAUUCCAAUCCAAGAACGGCAAGAGUAGCUUCCAGCUAUGGACCGAGAUGGUUGACUUGUUGGUCUCAAAAGCAAAGAAGAUUGACACUGGUCCUCAAGUUGGAAUCGAUGUUGAUGCCAUUCUCCAUAGCGGUAUUGAUAGGUUCGCCGACCAGCGUGGAAAGCUCUGGGCUGGUUUGGCCACAUACUGGAUUACCAAGGGCAACUUUGAGAAGGCGAGGGACGUCUUUGAAGAAGGAAUCACCACCGUGAUGACUGUCCGCGACUUCACAAUGAUUUUCGACUCCUAUGUUGAAUUUGAAGAGUCCAUCAUCGGAAACCUGAUGGAAGCGGCAGCAGUGCGCUCAGAGAAAGGCAAACUCGACGAGGAUGCCGAUUUCGACUUGGACCUCCGCAUGCUUCGCUUUGAACAGUUGAUGGAUCGACGCCCGUUCUUGGUCAAUGAUGUUCUCUUAAGGCAGAACCCUCAUAACGUUAUUGAAUGGGAGAAGCGAGUGGCACUGUGGGGUGCUAAUAAACAAGAGGUUGUUAACACCUACACGGCUGCUAUUGCGGCAACCAACCCUAAGAAGGCCCACGGGAAGUUUUCAGAGCUUUGGGUCAAUUACGCCAAGCUUUAUGAGAACGGUGGAGAUCUGGAUACUGCCAGAGUCAUCUUUGACAAAGCCGUGAAAGUCCCGUUCAAAUCCGUGGCAGAGCUUGCGGAGACAUGGUGUGAAUGGGCUGAGAUGGAACUUCGCGGCGAGAACUUUGACCGGGCCGUCGACAUUAUGGCCAAAGCAACACAAGCGCCCAAGAAAUCCACCGUCGACUAUUUCGACGAGAACCUGUCGCCCCAGCAGCGUGUGCAUAAGAGCUGGAAGCUGUGGAGUUUCUAUGUGGACCUCGUGGAGAGUGUAUCUUCUCUUGAGGAAACGAAGAAGGUAUAUGAUCGAAUUUUCGAGCUUCGAAUUGCCACGCCUCAAACUGUCGUCAAUUUCGCAAACCUCUUGGAAGAGAGCAAAUACUUCGAGGACUCUUUCAAGGUCUACGAGCGUGGUCUGGAUCUUUUCAGUUACCCAGUGGCCUUUGAGCUUUGGAAUCUGUAUCUGACCAAGGCUGUUGACCGCAAGAUCGGAAUCGAGAGACUACGAGAUCUCUUCGAGCAAGCUCUUGACGAAUGCCCACCCAAGUUUGCCAAGCCGCUCUACUUGAUGUAUGGCAACUUGGAAGAAGAGCGGGGACUUGCGCGCCACGCAAUGCGCAUCUACGAGCGUGCCACCCGAGCCGUGUCCGACGAAGACAGGUUCGAGAUGUUCGAGUUCUACAUCACCAAAUCCGCAUCCAACUUUGGCCUCACCUCGACACGGCCUAUAUAUGAGCGGGCUAUCGCCGCGUUGCCAGACCAAGAGGCCAAAGAAAUGUGCCUCAAGUUUGCUGAGAUGGAGCGUAGACUUGGCGAGAUUGACCGUGCUCGCGCUAUCUAUGGUCACGCCUCGCAGUUCUGCGAUCCUCGCACAAACGCCCCCUUCUGGCAGAAGUGGGAGUCCUUCGAGGUGCAACACGGCAACGAAGACACAUUCAAGGAGAUGCUCCGCAUCAAGAGAAGUGUCCAGGCUCAAUACAACACCGACGUCAACUUUAUUGCCUCGCAAGCCAUCGCUCGGAGUCAACAGCAAGCCCAAGAUGGCGGGGAGACCCAGGGUGGCGACGACAACGCCGAUCAAGUCGACGCUAUGGCAGCGAUCGAACGCCAGGCCCGUGCUCCUGUUGGCUUCGUCGCUGCGAGUAAUGGUCCAGAGGGUGGUAACCGCCCUCCACCUGCGGGUGAAGCAGCACCAUCGGCACCGGCCAAUCCCGAUGCUAUCGAUCUUGAUGAUGAUAUGGACGCC